GGCGUGUGACCCGGUGAAGGCGCUUGCGGCCGGAGAGGCUCUGGCGUCCGGGGCUGAGGACGGCCUUCUCCUGCGGCUGCCGGUAACCCAACAUCCACCAAAACCCGCGGUAUGUGUAAACCUGUAAGUAAGAGCCAUUUUAGAGUGCAUGUAAAGCGAAGUUGGAUGCAACGGUGACUUAGCUGCAGCUCUUACCACGAUGCCGAAGGGCCAGAGGAGGCCGCGCAGCACGGAGCGAAACACGCCACCGCUUCUCACCACGCUGUCCUCCUGCAGAGACAAAACAGUAUACAACCGAGCCUGUUUGCAAAGACAGUGAAAGACGUUCAGCGAUGGAUCACAACACAGUCACACGGACCUUCAGUUAUGGAGCUAUUGGCAGUAGGACUGAAGCUCUGGAGGAUUGGUCCACAUCACGCAGACACAGCAGCGCAGGGAUCCGUGCACUCCUGUGGGCUACCAGCAGUGCAUGGUCCCUCGGGUGUUCACUAGGAUCGGACUUCCAGACCAGCCGGGAGAACAUUUAUCCAAAUAUCCUGACACCUGACAGUAUCCCACAGUUCACUAUACCAAGUCUGUCUGUGCAGAACAGCUUCAGAUCAUUCGACAAAGAGACAGACGAGGAUAGUGCAAAGACAAAUGAUGGCUUAGGGAGUUCUGGGACUGAUCUGGAGUCAUCUUUAUCUGCGUCUCUGGCCUGCUCCACGCUCUCAUCAACCACAUCUUCCAACAGCCUCACUUUGGUUCUGUCAGAUCGCAGGGCCGAGAGGAGUCUCUCAGACCCGUAUUCCCGGAGGAAAUCUAUUCUUCAGAGGGAGGCUUCCUAUGAUUGCUCCUUCUCCGAGGCCCAGCACUGCCUGGACCCUUCCAGCAGAGCUGCACUCUCCCUGCCACACUUAGCCAAAGUCACCACCCCGUACGGCUUCGUCACCUUGAGCCAGAGCCCACAGAUGGCGAGCGAGGAGGCACUUCUCUGCCAAGCUGGGCUACGGCACUUAAACAAGGGCGAGGAGACUGCAUGCGCUUAUAGCAAAACUCCACUGACAAGGACAGUAUACAACAAAGGCAACUCCCUUUACCUGUCAGAAGACAAGAAGAGAGUGUUUAAAAAAUCAACAGACUCACAGAACAAAGAAAAAUCAGUUUCUUCAGAGAUAAAGGCUGCCUCUAACAACAACACAACAGUUUCAUCCUCUUCUACACCCAAACAACCAGAUGGCAAGCGUAAAAGCGGUUCUACAAUGAUAUACGGAAACACUUCAUCUCCCACCAUUAGAAUUUAAUCUUGGGAUUGAUUUGUAACAAUGCAAAGUGUGUUUUAAACGUUUAAACUGUGUAUUUAUUCAUUUAAAAACAUGCCAAUGUACACCAAUGUUCUUGUGAAAUACAAAGCAUUUGUCUUGUGUGAGUUGACAAAAAUGUCAGAAUGAUAAAGCUGUGAAAACUUUGUGAAAAAUGUCACUUAAAAAAUAAUAAACAACAUAAACAGAC